AUGGAGCCAUUGACUUUGAAGCCGAGGCAGCCAGUAGAGGACACUAUGGAGUGCUGGGAUGAUGAUGACGAUCUCCAAGGCAUCGAUGAACUUCAAUUCCGCAAUGCAUCUAGCACCACAAUUGGCUCCGCCCAGGCUUCUCACUUUCGGGACAGCACUUCAUCGCGUAUGUCGACACGCUCAGAUAGAGAAUCAAUAGGUGGAGGAGACGAGGAUUGGCAGGUCCUGCUUCCGACCGAUGAUGAGAAGUCAACUACAGAGGCUAUCAAUGCCGCAAAGACUGCUGGUAUUCCAAUACCCACCAAUGUCCCUUCCUCUGCGCUUCUUGGCGGUACAAUCAAGAGACUAGGAGGUCGGCGGUUGAAAAGGGUCUUGGGGGGAGAUGAUUGGGGUGAAGACAUUGAGUUGCCCAAAGCUCAAGAAGGCGGCCUCCAACUGAAGAAGAACGACGCGAAGGAUUUCCCAGAUGCACUGAGGCAAUUCAGUGCAGAGUUCCCAUCGUCACCGAGUCCGUUGAAGCCUCAAUCCAGCAUGACAUUCAAAGAACGAACCGCUUUUGCUAUUAAGACCAAGACUGGGAACUCUUCCCUGGAUAACUUCCGUGACGACGACGACGAUGAUGACUUCUUUGGAGAUGUGCCCACAAUCAAAAUUGCCAAAAAUAGAUUACCACAGAAGCCGGUCAACUUCAUACCUCCUUCAACGAAAUUCAAUGAUGAGGUUGAAAACAUCGAAGAUGAUUUGGAGCUACCUAUGGACGGGCAGCCUCUCAGGCUGUCAGCCAGAAAAGAAGCGCCCAAGACUCCAGUAUCCCAGCUUAAUGACGAUUUGGACAUGGAAUGGGCUGAAGGUAGCUUAGGCACGAGGUUUGGUGGCACGAGGAGAGAUGUAAGAUCGAAUCCAAGCUCAUCGAUCUCCGCUUUCAGUCCUAGUGCCUCAAGCUGUUUGACGGGCGAGAGCGAAGACGAAGGCUUGGAGGGCCUAAUUCUCCCGGACGGACCGUUCAAAUUCGAUGAGGCACUCAAGAAGCGUCUUGAUAAUAUAUCGCCCGAUCCUGCAGAUCUCAUCUCCCAGAAGCAGCCAGUUGAGCCGGUCAAAAAAGCUGUUUCAGCGAAGGAUGAUUUCUUCUCUGGCAUUGAGAUUGGCGACGGGGAUGUUUUCGAUUCUGGGAAGCUUACUCUCAAUCGAAACGUCAAGCACAAGACAGUACGACAGACCAGUCCAGCAAGACGAGCUGCAAUGACUCUCACAUUCACCAAUAAGCUCGAGCCUGGCGUAAGCAAGAUUCCAAAGCCUCUGCCCCAAAGUAGGUCUCGCUCCACACUGGAGCCUGUUUCCGAGAGUGGAGGCCCCAUACCACAUUAUCGCCGGCCAGGAUCACGCAUGGGAGGCCAUUCUGCACAUUCGUCAAUCUCAGCCAUUCCAACUCCUGCUACCCCAUCUUCCUCCCAGACCGCAGCACCAUCUACUCCGGUCCGCCGUGGACUGAACACUAAAUCGUCACGCGACGCGCUGAGGUCUGAGGCUACGACACAUCCUGCGCAGUUCCUGAAGUCCAAGCGAUCAGCGCCCGUGAUGAGGAAUCAGCCUUCGCCAGCUCGCACCCAAACAUCGUAUCAGAGGCCUCCAUCUCGUGGAGGAGAUUACAGCGGCCGUCAAGGUCUGCCGUCCAGACCUAAGACACCCGUCGAUCGGUCAGGCGCUGAGUCGAGUCUCGCCAAUUCAAGGAGGCCACCUGUCCCAUUCUUGCCCGCUGGAACGUCUCAAGCACAAUCUCACCAUAUAAGCAUAAAGUCUUCGAGGCACUUCAAUCGCCCUACCUCUUCAGACUCAAACGAUAACGGCCCAGUUAAUCGACCGAUAUCUCGGCUUUCCAAUGCACAUCACCGUCCUAUCACUCCAACCGGUCGCCGAGACCAUGCCCCAGAGUCAUUGAUUCGAGAAGCUGCGUCCAAGCGGAUAGUUACUAAACCAACUCGGCGCCGAGCCUUUGGCGAUGGAAACGAGCUUGAUGCCUUUGACGACCUUCCUACUUCGGCUUCAACAGAGUCCAAAUUCAUGAAACAACCGAUCUCACGCGGUGCGCCAAAGUCCGUUCAAAUGCGAAGCAAAAUUGGCCUCCAGUCACACAACGCUUCCACUACAUCACUCAAUGAGCUACCACCUCCUGCCGCACCGUCGACGCCUCUUAGCCCUCUAAGGCAUGGCCAUGUUCCUAGCUUCGCCCGCGACACCAAUGCGUCUCGUCUUGCUCGAGAACAGCGCAUCGGGUCAGUCGGUGCUACUCUGCAUACGACGCCAUCUCUCCCUACUGUCCGCGAGAACGGGCCUCUCACCUCAAUAAGCACAAACUGGAAAGCGCAUACGAAUACUGUCACCAACGCCAAGGCUCUUACGUCUCCGAGUGUCCAUCAUUUGAAGAAGCGUACGAAAGGUCUGCCCCAAAAGCCUCGUCUUAUCAAGCCAAUGGGAGAGGGUGUAAACACCGCAAAGACGCUGAAGGGCAUGUCUUGGAACCCUAUUCUCUUCCGCUGGGAGGGCAACGAGAACGCUCUCGCGCCUUUUGAAGUGCCAAUUCCACAGCCGACCGCGCUAGCUAGUCCUAAAUCGCCGGGAGGUAGCAAAGCGGCACCGGCACUUAUUGCCAACGUAGGUGCCACCAAAGGCGUACAGAUGAGCGGCGGCAUGGUCUUUGACCCGCAGCGCAUGUGCUGGCUCAAGAUGGCGCCUCAGCAUGGCGAGCUGAGGCAUGGGAGUAGCUCUAAUCCCAUGUCUCCUGACACCCUUGAUGACGACGAUGACCCUUUCGCUGGCUUGGACGAUCUCGAUGACGGUAUCAAGGCGAAGAGCACGACUGGACAAGGCAACGAUGAUAGCCUCGGUGGCACAGCUGCCGCCAAAGGGAGUUCAUUGGUAGAGGAUGAGUGGCUUGUAGGUGAGGAAUUUGAUGUCGGACCUGAAUUCGUGAGAAGGCAGAAAGCGGAGGAAGAGAGAUGGAAGAGCAAAGUAGAUGGAUGGGUUGGGGAGGGAGUUGUGAGAGAUGAAGGGAUGGGGAGAGGAGGUUGGAGAUGGGCUAUUCGCGGAAAAGUAGAAACACUGUGA